AUGGACAAAUUUCUCUCUUUAUGUGAAGAGGACGGUCUUAUAUCAUUUGGAGAUGACUGCGAAAGGGCUUCAACCGAGGAGAAGAUCCAGUCGGCCAUCGAAGAACUUGUUGAAACAAAGAAAGAGCUUGUUACUAAAGCCCGAGCUGUAGCUUUUGAUGGUGCCCCUGAGAGGAGCCGUGAAGGGAACGAAUUAAAGUCAAAAGAGAGUGAAGAAAACGCCUGCAGAAACUGUAUUGUCAGGUGUUGGAAAAAGUGAAAAAGUGGCGCCAACUCUUUUCGACAGCUUUUUUCGUUUGAACAUCAGGAACCCAAAAAUUUCAUCUUCUACGUUCGAGUCCUAUAUAGAUGGACACAAACGCUUCCGUAUUUCCGAUCUUAAACCGAACUUUGCAACAACAGGCUAUAUACCCACCAUCAUACAUCUUUCCACUUCGUGAGUUGGAACAUUGUACAACAAAGAGAACAAAGCUGCGGCUGA